AUGGAGACUCAAAGUAAUAGAGAAUGGGGCAUCUUCAUUUCAAAAAUUGUUGAUAUAGUGCAAGACAUUAACAGAAGAGUGUUAGGUACUGCACCAUGUGAAUGUUUUUUUAGUGGCGAAUUCGAACAAUGGGUAAAAGAGAAAGAUUUGCAUGAUUUUUUUAAAAAUAUAGAUAAAAUUAAAAUUGGAAUUGAAUCAGAUAUUGAUAAACACGAUUUGUAUUUAAAAUACUUAACAUAUAUAAAUAGUUUAUAUGAAGAGGAGAAGGAUGAAUGUUGUGAUAAGUACGAUAUUUUUAAUAGUGAUUGUCCAACUUAUUUUACAUGUAAUCCAGAUAGAGAUACCCCAAAUGAUCUAAUAAAACAAAUAAAAAAGCAUAGUAAAGCAUCGACUCAUGGAAGAGAAAAUGUGGUCGUACAUGCAGAAACGUCUAUAGAAUCUACAAGAUUGGGAAGUGAAAAACAUAGAGAUAGCCCAGGUGUAGCAUUCUUAGUUCAACCAAUAACUAGAGCUGAUGCACAAAAUCAAAACGUUAAACCUGUAAAUAAUGGCUGGGGUACAUUGGGAGGAUUUUUAUUUUCCCUAUUUGGAAGUUCUAGAAGUUCUCAACCAGCUCCUCCUGUACAAGAAAAAUUAUAUCCUCUUACUGUUACCCAAAAAGAUGAGGAUUGUUCGAUUGAUAUGUCACAAAGUGGUAAACCAGGUUCCUGUAAAAAGGAAGAAUUAGAUACUGUGGAUGAACGUGAAACGAAUUUUUUACCACCUGUAAAUAUUCCAACUGAAAAUGCAGAUAAUAUAGUAACUCCAGUUUCAUCGAAAAUUACAGAUUACUCAUUUGAAUAUAGUCAUCUUCGCCUUGGGAUUUGGGCUAUUUUAUUAUUAGGACUAUCCCUUAUUUUUUACACAUAUAUUAAACACACAAACAUUAGAUACUUCUUUCGUAAGAAGAAGACAAAGAGAACUAGAUGUAUGAAUAAUAUUUUUGAUGAAGAUAAUAGUGAUGUAUCUUUGGAUUAUUUGAAUAUAUAUAUGGAUAAUAGGCGACUGUAUUGGAUUUACCACUCUUCUUUUGAGUCCUAUGACUAA